AUGAACGCUAACCAGAGCGGCCGCUCCCUGGGAAUACUUUGCCGCCCUGUGGUGUUUUUCUGCCUGGGGUGGCUGCUCUCCUCUGCCUUUGGCAAGACGAUCCGAUUCCACACGUACGAAGAAGACCCCCCCGGCACGGUGAUCGGCACUUUGGCCGACGAGCUGCCCCUGAAGGCGUCCGCGGACGGCGGGGAGAGAAGCUUCCGCCUGAUGCAGCAAUCGGGCAACAGCUCGCUGGUGCGGGUGCGCGAGCGGGACGGGCAGCUGAGCGUGGGCGCCGAGCGGCUGGACCGCGAGCAGCUGUGCGGCCCGUCGGAGGCGGCGUGCGUGCUGGCCUUCGACGUGGUGAGCCUGGGCGGCGCGCGGGCCCCGGCGCCGGCCUACCGGCUGCUGCACGUGGAGCUGGAGGUGCGCGACCUCAACGACCACGCGCCGCGCUUCCCGCAGCCGCUGCUGGCGCUGGAGGUGUCGGAGAGCGCGGCGCCGGGCACGCGGCUGCCGCUGCCGCCGGCGCGCGACCUGGACGCGGGCUCCAACGGCAUCCAGAGCUUCGCCGUGUCGCCCAACCGCCACUUCGGCCUGGAGGCGCAGAGCCGCGCCGACGGCCUCAAGUGCGCCGAGCUGGUGCUGCUGCGCGCGCUGGACCGCGAGGCGCAGGCCGCCUACCGCCUGGAGCUGGUGGCCACGGACGGCGGCAGCCCGGCGCGCGCGGGCACGGCCACGGUCAGCGUGCGCGUGCUGGACGCCAACGACAACGCGCCCGCCUUCCCGCGCGGCGCGCUGCUGACCGUGGAGCUGCCCGAGGACGCGCCGCCGGGCGCGCUGCUGGCCCAGCUGGACGCCGCCGACCCGGACGAGGGCGCCAACGGGCAGCUGCUCUACGCCUGGGGCAGCCAGGUGCCGGCCGAGGCGCGCCGCCUCUUCGGCCUCGACCCGCUCUCGGGCCGCCUCAGCCUGCAGGGCGCCGUCGACUACGAGCGCCAGCGCGCCUACGAGCUCGACGUGCAGGCCAGCGACCGCGGCGCCAGCCCGCUGGCGGCCAGCUGCAAGGUGGUGGUGCGCCUGCUCGACGUCAACGACAACGCGCCCGACGUGGCCGUCAGCGCCCUCCGCGGGGCAGAGGGGGACGCCGACGCCGAGGGGGACGCCGCCACCGUGGCCUACGUGAGCGAGGCGGCGCCCGCCGAGAGCCUGGUGGCGCUGGUCAGCGUCUCGGACAGCGACGCGGGCGCCAACGGCCAGGUGCGCUGCGCCCUGCUGGCCGCGCCCCACGCGCCCUUCGCCCUGCAGCGCGCCUACGACGCCAGCUACGUGGUGCUCACCACCGGCGCCCUGGACCGCGAGCGCGUGGCCGAGUACAACCUGACCCUGGUGGCCGAGGACCUGGGCUCGCCGCCCGCCAAGACCGUGCGCCGCCUCACCGUGCGCCUCAGCGACGAGAACGACAACGCGCCGCGCUUCGCCAAGGCCCGCUACGAGGUGGCCGUGCUGGAGAACAACCCGCCCGGCGCCUACCUGGCCACCGUCCAAGCCGCUGACCCAGACCUGGGCUCUAAUGGCAAGGUCACCUACCGCCUGCUGGAUAACGAUGUCAUGGGCGCCUCCAUCUCCACCUACGUCUCAGUGGAUCCAGCCACGGGGGCCAUCUACGCCCUACGCACUUUCAAUUAUGAGAUCCUCAAGCAGCUGGAGCUGGCCGUUCAAGCCACCGACGGCGGCUCCCCUCAGCUCUCCAGCUCAGCCCUGGUCAAGGUGCGGGUGGUAGAUCAGAAUGACAACGCACCUGUUAUUACCUACCCUGCCCUCACCAACAGCUCCCUUGAGAUCGGGGUGUCCAGCAAAGCUGCCCGGGACUCUCUCGUGGUGCACAUCAAAGCCAGAGACGCUGAUGAGGGAGUCAACUCUGAGCUGAGCUUUACCUUGCUUGAAGAUCCACAAAAGCAGCAAGAGCAACGGGCACUGGAUCUCUUUGCCGUCAACAAGAAAACAGGGGAAGUUGUGCUCACUGGGAGCUUCAGUGAAGAGCAGCUGGGCCAAGUGUAUCACCUGCUCCUCACCGUAGCAGACAACGGACGGCCACCCCUCUCCACCACAGCCACGAUCAGCUUCCAAGUGACCGAGUCGUUGCCCCCCUCCAGCAGCCAGGACUUGGUGGCUAAGUCCAACCCUUGGGAAGGGAAGGCAGUGCAGUGGGACAUCCCAUUGAUUGUCAUCAUCGUCCUGGCUGGGAGCUGCACUUUACUGCUGGUGGCCAUCAUCACCAUCGCCACCACGUGCAACAGGCGCAAGAAGGAGAAGAAGGGAGCCUUGGAGGAGCCGCUGGACACCUCUCACCUGGAGAAGGGGCUGCAGGAAGGCAGCGGUGGCAGCCUCGCCUCCUCCAGCCCCCGAGCCCCAAGCAAUGCCUUUGAAGUGCACUCCUUCCCCAGCAAAUCUUCCUUUGCCAGCCCUGAGCCCUCCCCAGCCAGUGAAGAUAUCCCCGUCUCUGAGGACAGCAGAGAGAGUGCCAGUCUCUAUGACAGUCAGAGCAGACUCCGAGGAGCAAACACAGAGUCUUAUGCCUCUACCCCUAGUUACAGCAAAGAACCGGUCCCACCUGUGGCCAUCUGGAAGGGCCACUCUUUCAACACCAUAUCAGGCAGAGAAGCAGAGAAGUUCAGUGGCAAAGACAGCGGCAAGGGUGACAGUGACUUUAAUGACAGCGAUUCCGACAUCAGCGGGGACGCUCUUAAGAAGGAUCUCAUCACUCACAUGCAGAAUGGGCUGUGGGCUUGCACCGCAGAAUGCAAGAUCCUGGGCCACUCGGAUCGAUGUUGGAGCCCCUCCUGCGGCCGAACUAAUCCUCACGCGUCCCCUCACCCAAAGACCCAGCUGUCCACUUUCUGCAAAAGCACCUCACUGCCCAGGGACUCCCUCCGCCGAGAUAACUAUUACCAGGCACAACUGCCAAAGACAGUGGGUCUACAGAGUGUCUAUGAGAAAGUCUUGCACAGGGAUUAUGACAGGACACUCACGUUGCUUUCCCCUCCUCAUCCGGGGAGGCUGCCAGACCUCCAAGAGAUCUCAGUACCCUUAUACCAAGCUCCUUCGACUCGUUAUCUAGGCCCUCCACCUGAGACCAGCCAGAAAAUGUGACUGUUUCUCAGUGCUUAACUUGAGCCAAGGCUCACGAGUGUCAGGCCGCAGGAGCCGUUUAAGAAGCUGGUGCCGCCGUGUCCCAGAACGCUAAUGUUCAAAAUGAUGCAUUGCGGGGGGUGAUUUCUCUCCCUAUAUUUGCAGUUUGGUGGAAACGGACAGUGACUCUGAGCAUGUGCAAAGUGUCUUUCUCACUAUUUUUUGGGCAUAGCCAGCCCCUACAAGCUUCCAAGUUU